AUGUCUUUCUCAACACUGGUUUCCGACAUAGCGUUUCGUGACAUCGCCCAUGAGGAUCGUGACUCGCAGAUCUCUCGUGCUCGUUCUCAAGUCACCGCUCGAUCACUUGCGAGCACUCGGGCAACCAGCGUCAGUAUCUCAGGCGAUAUAUCGAGUCAAUUACAUGCUGGCUAUAGCCACCCACUAGCCAGGUCAUGGCAAGCGGAAAGACAGUUGACAAAGGAAAUGCUUAUUUAUCCAUUGUUCAUUACCGAUAACCCCGAUGAAGAAACACCUAUUCCCUCUUUACCAAACCAAUGUCGCCGAGGCUUGAACCGCCUGGUACCAUUCCUCACACCGCUUGUGCGCAAAGGAUUACGAAGUGUUAUGCUCUUUGGUGUCCCUCUUAAUCCCAACGCAAAAGAUCCUCUAGGAACUGCCGCUGAUGACCCAUCGGGACCCGUCAUACAGGCUAUCCGAUUACUGCGAGCACAAUUCCCAAAUCUCUAUAUAACUGUAGACGUCUGUCUAUGUGAAUAUACCUCGCACGGCCACUGCGGCAUUCUAUGCGACGAUGGAAGUCUUAAUAAUGCGCAAUCAGUCGAGCGGAUAUCUGAUGUCGCGUUGGCAUAUGCCAUGGCCGGUGCACAUUGCGUUGCCCCCUCAGAUAUGAACGAUGGUCGUGUGCGCGCUAUAAAACUCAAAUUGAUUGAAGCUGGUAUCUCUCACCAGGUUCUGCUCAUGUCAUAUGCCGCCAAAUUCAGCGGUAGUCUCUACGGGCCUUUUAGAGAUGCAGCAGGCUCUGCGCCCUCGUUUGGUGACCGCAAGUGCUAUCAAUUGCCACCCGGUGGUCGUGGACUUGCUCGUCGUGCGAUCAUCCGUGAUGUUGCCGAGGGAGCCGAUAUCAUCAUGGUGAAGCCCGCUAGCAACUUCCUCGAUAUCAUCAGUGACGCAAAAGAAUUGGCCAAGGACAUGCCCAUUGCUGCAUAUCAAGUUAGCGGAGAAUUUGCUAUGAUCCAUGCGGCUGCCAAAGCUGGUGUUUUCGAUCUGAAAGAAAUGGCCCUUGAGAGUACGCAAGGAAUCUUGAGGGCUGGUGCUGGCAUUGUUAUCAGCUACUUCACACCGGAGUUCCUAGACUGGCUAUCUACUUAA